AUGGCAGGUAAAGGUAAGAAAUGUAAGGAUUUUGUACGCAUAACAUUGGCCAAUAAUGGCUCAGGAAAAGUUCUGGGUCUCAUGUUGGCGUUUAUUUUGAGCAAUCUUGCACAUCACCUUCUGAAGCCUGUAUAUCAACCUCGUAUAGCUUCUGAUAUCAUUAUUGGGCUGGUUCUAGGCAGCAUAAAAAAGAUUCGUGACUCGUUUGAGGCAGAAGUGAUAAUGACAAUCGAUUUUAUAGUAGAAUUUGGCAUGAUUUUCUACAUGUUUGUGUUGGGAUUGGAGAUGGAUUUCUAUGUGAUUCUAAAACGACCCACUCGAGGUGCUAUUGUGGCCUAUUCCGGGAUGAUUUCUACAUUCAUUUUAUCUUGCAGCAUAACCCCAUUUCUUCAUUAUGCAAAGACUCCAAGUAUUGACUUUACCCUUUGCCUGGCAUUCAUUGCAGCAGGCAGUGGCUCUCAUAUACUGUCUAGAGUCAUAACAAGUCUCAAGAUAGGCAAGUCUGAUAUAGGAAAACUUGGAAUGGCUGCAGGAGUUCAUGCUGAUAUGGUUUCAAUGCUUAUGAUUUGCUUGGCAAGUAUUUUUUUCCCAAGACUAGCAACUUUUGAAGAUAGCAUUAAAGCAUAUGUCACAAAGGGUGCUGCACUCAUCAUCCAGUCAGUUUUUGCUGCAAAAGUUUCACCAGUUUUCAUGAACUGGAUCAACAAUGAAAACCCUGAAGGCAAAGCCAUGAAAGGCACACAUCUUGUGCUGUCACUGGCCUUCAUGGUGUUUGUAUGCAGCUGCUCUCCAUGGUAUGGUUACAGCUCCAUUCUUAGUGCAUUUAUGGCUGGGAUUUUUUUCCCUUCCGAAGGGAGAAUCUCAAAGUGGACAGUGGGAAAAAUCAAUUACUUGUUAAGCACUGUUUAUUAUCCUAUUUUCUUCUUUUGGGUGGGUUACCAUGCUCGUCUUGAUAGAUUUGAAGCUGCCAAUUUAGGCACCUGGGCAAGGUUCUUCAUGCUUAUAGCCAUAAAUAUAGUUGGGAAAGUUACUGGAACAGUCAUCUGUGGAUUUCUGUUAGGUUUUCGUUUGCCUGAGUCUGUUGCACUGGGGCUUUUGUUGACUGCAAAGGGCCAUUUUGCUAUUUUCUUGGCUGUCCUUUCCUUUGCUGUAACUACAACAAACGCUAUAAUUGUGAUUUGCAUCUUCCUCUCCGUUGUGCACACCCCAUUUGUGGUGAGGCAUAUCAUUGAACGAGCAAGGAAACGUGCACCAACUCGGCGGAUGGCAUUGCAGGGGCUUGACCCAUCACAGCAGCUGAGAAUUUUGCUUUGUCUACAUGGCCCUCAUAAUCUGGCUUCUACUAUCAACUUCAUUGAAAUUUCUCGAGGGCCAGCUAACCCUGGAAUCAUGGUUUAUGUUACUGACUUGAUCGAACUCACAGACCAGAUCGCUGCUACGCUUGUGCAUCAAGAAGGAGCGUUGGAGUCUGUGGACACAGUGACUGUGACGGACAAGGCGGUGAUGGAAAUGAGAGAAGAAAUCACCAGGGGAGUCCAAUCUUAUGUGGAUGAAAAUGGUGAAGGUAUCACACUCAAACGAAUGCUUGCUCUGUCAUCUUUCGGUGGCAUGCCACAAGAUAUCUGCGUUAUCGGUGAAGACCUCAUGGUUUCUCUCAUAGUCUUGCCAUUUCAUAAAAGACAACAGCCUGAUGGUACAUUAGACGCCGGCCAUCCUGGCUUCCGGUAUGUCAACCGUAAGCUGCUGAGGAAUUCAUCAUGUUCAAUAGGGAUCCUGGUGGACAGAGGGCUUGGACAGAUGGGAAAAAAGUCACCAACACAAACACCAAUGAAUGUGGCAGUGAUAUUUAUAGGAGGAAGGGAUGACAGAGAGGCAUUGGCAUACGCAGGAAGAGUGGCAAGGCAUCGGGGAGUAAGACUGACAGUGAUAAGAUUCCUACUAGACAAUUCAGAGAACUCACAGAGAAGUUUUCACAGAGACAACACAGCUGAGUAUGAAGAAGAGAUGAAGCUUGAUGAUGAAGCAUUUGCAGAGUUUUAUGAGAGACAUGUAGCUGGAGGGCAUGUGGCUUACAAGGAAAAGCACAUGGCAAAUUCUGCAGAAACAUAUGAAACACUGAGGUCACUUGAAGGCCAAUAUGCACUCAUAAUUGUAGGGAGAGGAGGGAGAGUGAACUCAACUUUGACUGCAGGAAUGAAUGAUUGGCAACAAUGUCCAGAAUUGGGACCAGUUGGGGAUGUUCUCUCUGGCUCAGAUUUUUCAGUCAGUACUUCGGUUUUGAUCAUAAAACAACAUGACACUAAAGGAGGGCUUGAUGGACUUGAUGAAGACUUCUCUAUCAUGUAA